AUGGAACUCUUCUCCACACGAGGCAAGUUUGUCCCUAACUACAAGUGUGAUACAGAGAACAAUCCAGUGUCAGUCAUUGGCGGACCAAAUUCAGAAAUCUGUAUCCACAUGGCAGCUAUCCUGUCCAUUUACAAGAUCCCACAAUUUACUUAUGGCUCUGCUUCUGAGAUGAAUAGGAAAACUCAGGCUAUUUUCCAUCACCAGAUGUUUCCAGAUGUACACAGACAAUAUGAUGGGAUUCUGCAGUUACUGUUGCAUUUCCAGUGGACAUGGAUUGGGGUUUUAUACGACAAUGAUAACAAUGGAGAGAGAUUUGUUCAGGAUGCACUUCCUAUAUUUUCUCAGAAAGGGAUCUGCUUUGAUUAUAUUGAAAGUUUCCCUGUAAUUACUUCAGUUAGUGACAUUGAUAAGAUGGUGAAAGAGGGGUUAAAUAUGUAUGAGGUUGGAACUGAAAGCAUUGCUAAUGUAUCCAUUGUUUAUGGUGAAAUUGAGACCAUGAUAUUUCUCAGAAUGUUUCCCACCAUAUCAAAAUAUGAGGAUGUAUCCAUCAAGGCAAAAGGAAGGGUUUUCCUUAUGACAGCUCAGAUGGAUUUCACAUCAUUCCCCUUUCAAAAGAAUGAAGAUAUAGACUUCAUUCAUGGUGCCCUGUCCUUAGCAAUUCAUUCAAAGGAGGUACUGAGAUUUACUGAAUUUCUUCAUUUGACAAAUUUUACCUCCAAAAAAGAAGAUGGCUUCAUUCAGGUUUUCUGGGAAGAGGCCUUUGGAUGUUCCUUUUCCAGGUCCAUGAUAGAUAGGCAAGCAAGGGUUUCCUGCACUGGUGGGGAGAAACUGGAGAAUCUUCCAGCAUCUGUGUUUGAAAUGAGCAUGACCACCCAUAGCUACAGCAUCUACAAUGCAGUUUAUUCUAUAGCAUAUGCUUUGAACAACAUGCUUUCAAUUAAAUUGAAAAAGACAGCAAGUGUCCAUGGAGCAACCCAAAGACUACUGGCUCAACACCUGUGGGAGCUCAACCAUGUUGUGAGAAGCAUCUCAUUUAACAACAGUGUUGGGGAAACAAUUUUCUUCAAUCAAAAUGGAGAAAUGGAAACUGGAUUUGAUAUUAUCAACUGGACAAAGCCUCUUUCUCUUUGCAAUGACAAUUGUCAUCCAGGUUACAGGAAGGCCAAAAAAGAAGGGAAACCCUUUUGCUGCUAUGAUUGCCUUCCUUGUCCAGAUGGGAAGAUUUCUAAUCAGAAGGAUAUGGACAACUGCUUUCAAUGUCCACAAGUUCAUUAUUCAAGUGAGGAGCGAGAUUUCUGCAAUCCAAAAUAUCUAACGUUUUUGUCAUAUGAAGAAACUUUGGGGAUCACCUUCACCAGUUUUAUUCUUUCUUUUUCCCUGAUUACUAUUUUGCUGCUCUGGCUCUUCAUUGAAAACAAUGAUACCCCUAUUGUGAAAGCCAACAACGAGACCCUCACCUACAUCCUUCUCAUCUCCCUCCUGCUCUCAUUUCUUUGCGCUUUGCUGUUCAUUGGCUGUCCUCAUCAAUGGACAUGCCUUCUUCGGCAAACUACCUUUGGCAUCAUCUUCUCCGUGGCAGUUUCUAGCCUUUUGGCAAAGACGAUCAUUGUGAUUCUAGCAUUCAUGGCUACCAAGCCAGGGUCCAGAAUUAGAAAAUGGAUGGGGAAGAGACUGGCUGUUUCUAUUGUUCUUUCUUGUGUCUUUAUUCAAACCAUUAUUUGUAUUGUAUGGCUAUCAACCUCUCCCCCAUUCUUAGAUGCUGAUAUGUAUUCCAUGCCAAAGGAAAUUGUACUGAUAUGUAAUGAAGGGUCAACCCUCAUGUACUACUGUGCCCUUGGCUUUAUCGGGAUCUUAGCAAUUAUCAGUUUGACUGUUGCUUUUCUAGCCAGGAAAUUACCUGACACUUUCAAUGAAGCCAAGUUCAUCACAUUCAGCAUGCUGGUGUUUAGCAAUGUUUGGCUCACUUAUGUUCCAACAUACUUGAGCACAAAGGGGAAAUAUAUGGUGGCCGUGGAGAUCUUCUCUAUUUUGUGCUCCAGUGGUGGGCUACUGGCUUGUAUCUUCUUCCCCAAAUGUUAUAUUAUGAUAAUGAGACCUGAAUUGAACAGUAAGGAACAGCUAAGAAGGGGGAUAAUGGAAGAAUUUAAAAUUAGCCAUAAGUAA